AUGGUCAAAGCAGGUAUGUCAUCGUCAAAUUCAUCUCUCUCCACCGUUUGUGCUGCAGACGGGAUCUUGAGCCAGUGCGGGGUCACCAAGAGCGGCUUUGAGCAAGAUUUAUUCCAUGGACCACCUGGAUGGUUACCGGCACCAGCUACCCAAUCCAUUCUGCAAGAGGUAGCGGCACGAGUGGACGGUAUCGAUGUUGUUGCCCCGGUCUGCAAAAUCCGAGGUGACGGAAAGAUCACCGGUACCUUCACCUUCGAGCAGGAAUCCGAAUCUUCUUCCACCAACAUCUCAUGGGAUAUCACCGGCCACGAUGCCAACUCCGAGCGAGGAUGCCACAUUCAUCAAUUCGGUGACAACACCAACGGCUGCACAUCCGCUGGUCCUCACUUCAACCCACACGGAAAGACACACGGUGCUCCAGAUGACGAGACCCGCCACGUUGGUGAUUUGGGCAACUUGAAGUAUGAUGGUCAAGGAAAUGCCAAGGGCAGCACCACCGACAAACUCAUCAAGUUGAUUGGCCCAGAGAGUGUUAUCGGACGUACCGUCGUCGUCCACGCCGGUGUUGAUGAUCUUGGUAAGGGAGGAAACGAGGAAUCCAAGAAGACCGGAAACGCUGGUCUCCGACCUGCUUGUGGUGUCAUUGGCAUUGCUGCUUAG